AUGGAGGCUCUUAUAAAAGUGCAACAGGACUUGUAUUUGAGAAUAGAUAAGGCUAAAACUAACUUUAAAAAAUCGCCUAAGGAACGGCUUAACUCUGUAGAUUAUCUUAGCACAAGAUUAGAAACCUUAGAAUCUUUAUGGGAAAAGUUUGUGUCAACUCAUACUAAAAUCAUUCAAGAGUCUACUACACUUGAGUUCAGCGAGUAUAUUACUGAAGACAUAUAUUCUAAUGCGGAAGAGUUAUUCAUGGAUUAUAAGUCGGAUCUUAAGAUUGCCUUAAACAAACUAAAUGUUUCGAUUCCUGGAAAGAGCACUGAGUCUACCACAAUUGAGAAUAAGUCUGAUGUUAAUCAAGGCAAAUCGGUGAUGGUAAAGCUACCAAAGAUUUCAAUUCCUACGUUUUCAGGAAAUUAUUCUGAGUGGAUUAGCUUCAGAGAUCUAUUCACGUCGCUCAUCCAUAAGAAUAGAGAUUUAGACGACGUCCAAAAAUUGCACUACCUGAAAGGUUAUUUAGUCGGUGAAGCUGAACAGCUUUUGCGUCACGUACAGAUCACGCAGGAUAAUUACAGCGCAUGUUGGGAGAAAUUGGAAAAGCGCUAUAAUAAUAAGAAGUAUCUUUCUAACUGCAUUCUCAAACGCUUCAUGAGUCAGAAGAAUAUUACGACGGAGUCCGCGAAUGCACUCAAAGAAUUGCUGGACACUACAAAUGAGUGUUUAAAUGGAUUGAACAACUUAGGCAUCGACACAAAUACAUGGGACAUAAUUGUGAUUCAUAUAAUUUGUCUUAAAUUAGACAACGAGUCUAGGAAACAAUGUUUAAUCGACCAAUGCUCGGAAGCCUCUUUUAUAACGGAGUCUGCAGCACAAUUGCUCGGACUAAACAAGGUUUCCCACAAGAGCACAGUCACGGGUCUAGGCGGUGAAGAGAGUUCACCUGUGAACUCUAAGGCGGUGGUAAAGGUAAAAAUUUCAUCACUCCUAGAACCUGACUUUGAAGUGAACGUGCAUGCUCAUGUUUUGGGCAAGGUAACAUCGAAUCGGCCGAGAAAAUGUAUUGUCAUUGAUUCGUGGUCUGAACUGUCUAAAUUAAAUUUAGCAGAUUCCACAUUCAACAUUCCCGGCAAAAUCGACUUGCUCCUAGGAGGAGAGGUGUACGGUCAAAUACUUUUAAACGAAAUGAUCAAAGCUCCACAGGGAGCACUCAUCGCUCAGCGAACGUCUUUAGGCUGGAUCGUUUCGGGGCCAACUCACUUAGGUGAGUCGGCAAUUCGUAAAAGCGUUAGCGUUAACCACAUUCAUUUAGAUGAAAAUGAGUUACUCAAAAAAUUUUGGGAGCUCGAGGCUGACCACAAUACGACAGAUCUCAAGCAACAUUACACUGAAGACGAGAAGAAAUGUGAAGAAUUUUUUACUGCUACCACUGAACGUGAUAGCACAGGUAGAUAUAUCGUGAAACUACCAUUUCGUGAUCAAGAUCCCAGUUGCAAACACGGAAACUUUGUGCCUAUUGCAACUAGGCGUCUCAACCAAUUAGAAAAGAGGUUCGCAAAAGAUCCUGAAAUGAAGAAACGCUACUCAGAUGUCAUCAAUGAAUAUCUUGAGCUAGAACACAUGGAAGAAGUUCCCCCAGAACAGGAGAACAACCCAGAUGCAGUUUACUUGCCACAUCAUGCUGUCAUCCGAGAUGACAGAUCCACGUCAAAGCUUCGGGUAGUUUAUGACGCGUCUUGUCCUGGCUCUAAUGGCGUUUCCUUAAAUCAAGACCUAUUAGUAGGUCCAACUCUGCAACCCGUUUUGCGUCAUACCAUCCUUCGUUGGCGUUGCCAUCCUAUAUGUCUGGUAGCAGACAUUGUUAAAAUGUACAGGCAGGUGAAAGUGCACGAAGACGAUGUAGAUUUUCAACGCAUCCUAUGGCGUGAAAACUCGGGGGAGAAGAUAAAGCACUUGAGACUGCUCCGAGUCACUUUUGGUACGGCAUCAGCACCCCAUCUCGCAGUGCGUGCUCUUCAGCAAGUAGCCCACGAUGAAGGAUCACAGUAUCCAAAUGCUGCUGAUAGGGUCCUCAAGCAUUUUUAUGUAGAUGAUUUGUUAACAGGGUGUGAAUCUGUAGAAGAGGGUAAAGUAGUGUACCAAGAGAUGAAUGAACUUUUGAAAAAUGGUGGAUUCGAAUUACAGAAAUGGAGCAGUAAUAAUGAAGAAUUAAUGCGUUACACGAAAGAAACUGAUGUCAAAGAGGAAGGAAGUCUCCAGUUGAAGAUAGACGUUGUCAUGAAAAUUCUGGGACUGGUCUGGAAUCGCAGAAAUGACGAAUUUGAAUAUUCGGUACAGCUUCCUCCACUCAAAGUUCCUGUAACAAAAAGAAGUGUCAUAUCUGACAUAUCAAGGCUGUUUGAUCCACUUGGUUGGUUGGCUCCAGUGAUCAUAGUGGCUAAGAUUUUCAUCCAGAAAUUGUGGCUUUCGGGAAUCGAAUGGGAUGAUGAAGUUCCACCACAAUUACUGAAGAAUUGGCUAAACUACAGAGAAAGUCUAAACCAACUUACCGAAUUCAAGCUGCCUAGGUGGAACAACGCUAGAUCCAAUGUGACUGCGGAACUUCAGGGAUUCUGCGACGCUUCUAAUGAAGCGUUUGCUGCUGUUGUGUACUUGAGGACUGUAGAUGAAGAAGGAAAGGUGCACGUGUCACUGAUCACGUCCAAAACUAAAGUGGCUCCUAUCAAACAAAUUUCUAUUCCACGUCUGGAAUUGUGUGGGGCUGUGUUACUCACCAAAUUGCUGCUUGAAGUAGCCGAUGUUAUGAGUAUCAGCAAGGCAAACAUUCAUGCAUGGACUGACUCCACAGUGGUCAUUUCUUGGCUAAAUAGUCGUCCAAAUAGAUGGAAAACUUUUGUCGCCAACCGUGUAUCUGAAAUAAUAACAUCAGUUGAGCCGCACCAAUGGUCCCAUGUCUCUUCGAAAGAUAAUUCUGCAGACUGCGCGUCUAGAGGUACACAGCACCUGAGUAAAGAAGAACUCUGGAUAGAAGGUCCGUCGUGGCUGAAAAAUAAAGAAAUUAGCUACAAAAAACCAAACAUAAAGGACACGAAGUUAGAAGAAAAAAGCAAUAAAGCAUGCUUCGUGAAUACUUGUGGUAAUGAUGUCACAGCAGAUGCCGAAGAAACACUUAUUUCAAGGUUUUCUAAAUUGUGGAAACUGCUACGCGUUCUGGCUUUCUGUAAACGAUUCUUGAAAUGUGCUAGAAAAGAAAAAAUGAGCGUGGGGCCGCCAUAA